CACGUUUUGAGCAGAAUGAACAUAUCGGCGGAGAGAAACGUGGUUGCGAAGACAGUGACAGUGAAGAGCUACGGUGCACCACGCUGCUUUUCGGAGGGAACGGUGCCCGGCUUGUCGACCAUAAAGUGCGUCUGUCGCAAUGGCUGGAACGGUGUCGAGUGCUCAAUUCCCGACGCCGUGUGGACCACGAGGGAGUUUCAAGUCUGGUACUCCAGUGGACGUAUUACGCGGCGCUCGCGACCGCGCGCCAUAGUCAAUGGUUUGGUAUUCAACCAUGAACUAGACCUGCUUGAAAUCCGCAUCAACGAGCUGGGCAACGCCGUUGACCACUACAUCGUGUGCGAGUCCAACUACACUUUCUUCGGAACUGCGAAACCACUUCACCUGCGGUCGAAUCUGAGCGCAGGGUUCCUCCGCGAGAACGCCCACAAGAUCAUCCUUGUCACCGUCGGGGUGUACAACUAUGGCGACGGCGACCCGUGGGCGCCUGAGAACCACUUUCGCAGGUCCAUAUGGCUUGAGGGCCAGCGCAGCCUCAAGCACCUCCGCGACGAUGACCUCUUUAUGAUAGCGGACGCCGACGAAAUACCCAGCCGCGAAGUAUUGCUGUUCCUGAAACACCACGAUGGGUACGGAGAGCCAGUUGGUGUGAGUCUGCGGUGGUUCAUGUACGGGUUCUUCUGGGAGAAUUCAAGACCGGUCGAGGUUGGUGGAGCCUGCACGGUGGCCUUCUUGCGCAACGUGUACGAGAACGACACCCUCAAACUUCGAAGAACCGACUCUUACGUGUAUAAGAGCCUUCCCCACACGGGAACAACACAGCGCAAAUGGACCAUCAUGGGCGCCUGGCCUCGUUACGCUGGCUGGCAUUGUUCGUGGUGCUUCGACGUUCAUGGAAUUCAGAUGAAGCUCGCCGCAGCCCAGAGGGACGACGGAAUACGGUGGGGUGACAUCGCUCAAAAGGGAGACCCAGCGUACAUAAGUGGCCUCCGAAAGAGCGGCCGAUAUUUCGACGAUAGUGGACCCCUGGAAACUUGCGACGCUCACGAAGCAGCUCCGGCGUACGUCAGAAAAAACGCGGGCCGUUUCUCAUACUUGAUGGUUGCCUAGCAAAGACUCCUCGGGGCAGGCCCAUUUUAACCCCUUCGCUACCUGCGUGAUUUGGUAAGCAAAUUACGCAACUGCAAGCAGCUGAGUGCCAUUGAAAACUGGUGCCUUCGUCGCCCUGGGUGUGGUUUGCCCAUAUUUGAAGAGUGAGAGCAGAAAACGUCAGCGCCUGGUGUGCAAACGAUAGUGAGCGGCGGCGAGCAGCUCGCACAGCUGCUUAGGCUUAAGUAUUAAAGUGUUUGCAAUUUUUUAGACACAAAGCAGUGUGAGCAAAACUUGCCAUUCGUCUUUGGUAAUCAUUUUAAAAUAU